AUGGCGGACGUGGAUGAUCUUGAUCGUUGGAGAUAUGGUUGGGGCACUGCGCGGUCUCAUUUCGACAUGAGGCCAGUGAGCCGAACAGUAACCUUCCAUGAGGCUUUUCUGGAUGAGUCCAUCAAUGGCCUGAUGAGGACGGGGGGUGGUAUCAUUGCCACUGGGCAGAUACAGAGGUCUCCCAGGGGAGAGGUCGGCCAGGGGCAGCACAGUGCACUUGCUACCGAGGAUAGGACCACGACGGGGACUGAGAUCGACAAAGUCCUCACGGACUUGUUGAUGUUGUGGCGUGGCUUUUUCACAUCUCGAAAGCCCGGCAAGCUUGGAGAGUAUAUUCUGGCCAUUCCUACCUGA